AUGGUCAGAGGUUGGUGUUGGUAUCCGGAGACUGUUCAGGUGAAACAAGCUGUCAAUGAGGGUGAUUACCGGUGUUGCUGCAAUGGAUGCAAGGCUAAGACAGGCUUCACGAUCUGGAUUUUUCUUGAUGCUUUGUCUCUUCUUUACUCAUUCAUGCAACUAGUUUCCACAACUACCGAUCGAACCACGCUCGUUGUUGCGUCACUCCAAUCCCCCGUUGCCACCAUAAUGGUCAUCUUUGCCAUCAUGUCAAUCCUCACUCUUAAACCCGUGUACAUGCAAGUGUACGGGAUUUUCUAUCUCAUCGAAGUCGUGUUGCUGGCAAUCGCUUUUGUGGUUGCCAUUAUCGGUUUGAGUGUUGUGGGUUUCGAAAUCUCACAAUCUCAUGGAAUCACCACCCAACAACAAAACACAAAGACAACCAUAUUAACAGUGAUUGCAGAAUACAUAGCCAGUCUGCUUAUCGGCGCUGCGCUUGUCAUUUGGAAGUGCUGGGUCACUUAUAACUUUUAUCGAUAUAUCAGAGAUCGUCAACUUCUGAUCGAUCAACAAAUGCGACAAUCGGUGCCUGUAGAGAUGGUUCAAACAAAGGAACCCGUUGAAAAGUUGUGC